AACUGUAUAUAUAUGGGAACUGUGGAGUGCAAAUAAGAUAAGAGAGAAAAAAGAACAAAAGUCAUGGCCUUUGCUAUUGGAAUCUCAACUAAUCACAGUUUAAAAUCUUGGGUUCCUUUCGUUUCAUCAAACCCUUUUGUAGUUUCACAUAUAUCUGCAAUUUUUGCUUCUUCUCCUUCACCAACUAAGGAUGCUGCUCAUCAAGUGAAGCUCAGUCAUCCAUUAAAAGCAUCUGCUGAAGGAAAUCCUAGUGAGCUGACUGAAGAAUCCAAGUUUGUUCCUCUAAAUGCUGAUGAACCUGUAUUUGGUCCACCUGCUUUACUGUUGCUAGGUUUUGAAGUGGAGGAGGAAUUGAAGAUCAAGCAGCUAUUGGAAGAGUUGGACGGUGAAUUUUUACAGGUUAUAUUUUGUACUGAAGACAUGAUUCCCCUGUCACUUUGGGAAGCAAUGCAUACAAAGCAAGCAAAUCUGGGAACAGUGCAGAUAGCAAAAUCAUUGCCACGGAUAUGCUUCUUGUCUGGCCUUAGCGGGGAGGAGAUGAUGAUGUUUAUUGAUGCUUUUCCGGAAACUGGCCUAGAACCAGCUGUGUUUGCAGCUCUUGUUCCCAACAGUGCUAAUAAACCACUGCAGGAAUUAAUAGAUGAAAUCAUGGGGGACCAUGAAAUGCUGACUGGAAAACAGCUCGGCUAAACAUAGGCAAAGGCAGAUUGGAAUUUAGAGGCUUGAGAUUUCUUUCUCAGUAUAAUAUGAGUCUAUCUCUAUAUAGUUUAUGCUGGACUUAAAGCAGUAUUAUACACAUUUAGAACAAUAUUUUUCUUUUGCAUCAUCGAGAAUAGGCACAGAAAUAAGCUAAGAGAUUCUUUACUUGGGUCAAAAAGAACAUGUUGAUGUUGUCGGAACUUUGCUGCUAGUGACUUCUGGAUUCUAUCUGACAUACUGUUGCAGCUCUCUUUUUCAUUCUAAUUCUAGGCAGACAUACUGGAUUCUAGCAGACUUCUAAGUGUUAGAGCUAGGAAGUCUCAUAACAUCAAAAGUCAAUUUAUUUAAAGCACCUUUUGUUAA